UCUAUUACCGUUUGUUCCAAGAGUAGAGUGGCCCGGUAGUUCAAUCAUAGCGUGCUUGGCAGCAUCAGAAAUCUAUGCUUUCUACCGAGGUCAGCGCAGUGUUGCGAUUGAACAGGUGAGCGGAUCACAUUCAAUUCCCUAUAGCCGCUUCAAUUCCGCCACAAGUACUUUUCCAAUAGAAUUCACUGUUCCCAGAGGCUAUUCUCUUGACUUUUCCCCUGUAUUUGCAGAUCGAGAUGAUAUCAGGACCGGUCAUUCCAUGCAUCAUACCCUGCAUAUAAAGGCAGGUUCCACAGGUUAUGAUACUUAGCUCUCACUCAUCAUCCAGCCAUGUCUUCGCUGCGGCGCCCAUUUGCCACUGCACUACAAAGUGCAUCAUACGGAAGAGUCACUCAAUCCUUACCUACGCGCCUGUCUUCAUCGAUGUCAGUUGCGAUAACUACGCAAGGAUACGAGGCACUCACUAUUCCACCAAUCUUUGACAUCUUUGACGCUCCGGUGCGCCUGGGAGAAUCUUCCGCACUUGUUAGACGAACGGCCACGAUAACUCGUAUCGCUGCUCUCGAACAAAAAUCCAGCAAUGCCGCUAGCAACUUCACUCGAGCUCAACAUUUUUCCUCACUACCUCCCCCCAUCCUAUUCGAUGGCCCUGCUCGCCCAGCAUAUUUAUUACCGCGAGCACUUGAAAAUCGUCACAAAAUACGGCAAUACCCAUCUCUAUCGCAUAACAGACAGGCACACACACCUUCAUCCCCUUUCAUAUCAACCUCAGAACCUGUAUAUGAAAUCUUUGAUGGACCUUCGCGAAAAGCCCGUUACAAAUACUCAACAUCGUCCUCACAGUCUUCAUCUCGGCCAUAUGUUUGCCUUGCUCUGGGUAUCUCUGGAGCCUUUGGCUGGUUAGCGAUGAAGGACCAGCUAGUCGAUAAAUAGUAGCAGGGAAUGGGGACAUCUUCAUAAGCGGGUGUCAAAGCUCACAGCUUGGGCUUUCGGCCCCUCAAGCUCAGUCAUGCGGCGUUUAGGCAUACGGCUAUGUGUGUCGGGCGUUAUAUUUUUUCGUCGGGUGUUCUUAUCUUUGCGUUUCGGAUCUCACGUAGUGUUUGACGCCUUCUGGGGCCAUUCACAGCUUAUGAACCACUUUCAUAGGCUUUAGAGCUGUGUGCUGUUUUAUAUAUUAUAUAGUGUGUAUCAAUAGCGUAUUCAUUAUCAGAAGUAUAGCCUUUGUAAGAUGUGUAUCAUUGUCCUGGCAAGUGCAAUCAAGAUGUACCAGUCUCCUUGUU